AAUGUAAUAAGUAACAUGCAUAAUGGCAAUUGUAUUGGUUCUGUUUCUAGAAGGGAUAAUAGAAGAGAUAAACAAGUAAUAAAAGCUCCAAUGGCUAUUGUAAACUAUAAUAAGUACAUGGGCGGUGUCAAUCACUUUAAUCAUUUUCAUUCAUACUACAAUGUGGUAUGGAAGUUUAGAAGAUGGUGGCUAAAAAUAUUUUAUUAUCUUCUAGAUGCUUCUAUAGUAAAUUCGUUUAUACUCUAUCGAACAACAAGUAAUCUCCAUGACCCUAAAAUAUCAAAAUUUACACACCUUGCUUUUAGAUCAACAUUAGCUAAUCAAUUAAUCGGUGAUUAUUCUACAAAAAAAAAACUGGAAAAUUGAUUAUUUGAA